UUAGUAUAAAGCCCGCUUGCUUUGAGGUGGCUGUAAGUUUUCUCGUAAAGCCAUUGAGGCUGCUCGACUAUCACCGGAUAAAUAUUUGCACCCUCAUUCGGCGACAAAAAUGUACCCAGCAUCCAGCACCCCAACCGUGCUGCUACUCGUCGACAUCCAGGAGGGCUUCAAGCACCCGACGCACUGGGGCAAGACACGCAGCACCCCCACCUUUGAAGCCAACGUCGCGGCCCUCCUCGAGGCCGCGCGCCGACACAACCACAACCACGGCACCACCAAGCCAGAACACCACGCAGUGCAAAUCAUCCACGUCCACCACCACUCCACGUCGCCCGACUCGCCCCUACACCCCUCACACCACCUCCCCAGCUCGCCAAUCCCGUCGGUAGCGGCACUAUCGUUCGCGGCCCCGCGAGCGGGAGAGCCGAUCGUCACCAAGCACUUCAACAGCGCCUUCGUGGGGACGGACCUGGAGGCGCGGGUGCGGGCGUCUGGGGCGCGGCAGCUCGUGGUCGCGGGCCUGACGACGGACCACUGCGUCAGCACCACAGCGCGCAUGGCGGCGAACCUGCAGGUUCUCGGUGGCGACGGCGACGGCGGGGCCGUGGUGGUGGUUGGCGACGCCACCGCCACGUUCGAGCGGGGCCCCUUCGAUGCCGACACCGUCCACGGCGUGCACCUCGCGAGCCUGGACGGGGAGUUUGCCCACGUGGCAAACACAGCGGCGGUUCUCGCGGCUGUAUUUCCAGGCUAGUCUUGAGGGGGGGGUGUGUGUGUGUGCAUGUCAAGGGAUUUAGCGUGGCCGCGGUGCAUACUUGGGAGACAGGAGAGAGGCGGCGGGAGCAUGCAGCGAGAGAGAGAGAAGAGAGCCGUCGCCAUGUGCGGGCUCCAUGUGUCAGGAUGAUGCAGGUCACUGAGUUGGCAUCCUUCUCGAACGCCGUAGAGCAAGCCCAAAUUAGCGGCCCUCGCGAUCGUCCUGUCCCAAUGACCGCAUUCGCGAGCGCCAAGGCAGCCGACGCCGACGCCUAGUUCGACCAUGGCGAGACACCAUGGCUUUUCUUGUCUGCCGCUAAUGCAGGUCUCACCUCCCUCCCAUUUUGGACAACGAAGACGCAGUGCACCGCCGCACGCCUUUUGGACAGGCAUCUCCAGAACGGCCGGCCUAUCCUGAAGCAUUCGUCCGGUGUUUACGUUCGGUGGGGGUCACGGCAGCCCCGCUUGGGCCUUAUCUUAUUCCUCUUUCGGCCUGACAGACAGAUUUCUUUUUUGGCUUUGGGUUUGAUGCUCGCGAAAGAACGUUUCCGCACAGACUGCGAUAAUCGUUACCGUCCAGGGCCAGGCCUUCCGCGACCGGCGGCGUGCACACCAUGAUCUCCCGGAGGACCGUCUUGUUUGGUAAAAACGGCUCGGGCCUACAGGGAUCAGUCUCAUUUUUAUCCAAGACGACACGCCCUGAUGGGGCCAUCAGAGAACAGCCCAAAAAUAAUGCCCCGACGGCAUCACAAAGUGAUAAGGGGGCCCUGUGGUCGGUGGUUGCACAAAUGAACCUUAUGUCCUAUUUAUUAUUACUGGGGCAAUAAAAUAAAACGUGGGUGGUUCUCGGUAAUGCCGUACCAACGGAGGAGGCGCAAGAAAAGACAUUUGGAUUGAGACCUUGGCCUUGUGAAACGACAUAAAUGCCCCAUUUUUAUUCUCUUG